AUGUCUCAGUAUCAAUUCUUGUCACUGGCUACCAAGCCAAACGCUCAGCUCUGCUACAGCUUCCAACCGGCAGUGGGCACAGUUGAUCACGUAUUAGUCGUGUUUGUCAAUGGCCUCGGACUACCACAAACCUCAUGGGAGGGUGUCAUUGCGCGCCUGCAGGCACAGCCUCCCGCCCCAGGCCUGCCCGCCAUGUUGACCUAUGACCGGUAUGGCCAGGGCCAGACGACUGACCGUGAUCCUGGUGACAUCACCGCCGAGGACCCCAUGCACGGUCAUGAUACUUUGACAGUAGUCCGUGACCUGCAUCAAUUGCUCACACAAAUCGCAUCGGAGAAAAUGGGUAUAUCCGAUCUUAGCCGUCUGCCGCUCGUGUUGGUCUCUAACUCGAUUGGAGGCGCGCUGGCACGGCUCUAUGCUCAAGAAUACCCCGGUACUGUCGCAGGUCUUCUUUUUCUUGACAGCGUGCUCGCAAAUUCCGACUUUGUCUCCAUCUAUCCCGAUCCAGAUGCACCAGGCUUCGAUCCGACCAGCUUGCCGGAAGGGGUGACGGUGGAUUCUAUCCGUGCCGCUCGGGCAUAUAUGCAACGGGUAUUUCACCCCAGCAAUGGGAGUCGUGAAGGACUCAGUCGAAAGAACCUGGCGCAACUCUUACCGGACAGCGAUGGGCCCAAGUUGCAGGGUCCGGAUGGUCGUGGUCCCUGGGUUACCGUCGUCGGUCAUGAGUUCGAGGCGUUCAAGGUUGAAUUCGAGCAGAUGAGCGGUGCGCUCCCGAGACUCACGGAGGUCUACAUGAAUCCUUACUGGCAUCGUUUCAAUCAAGGGUUGGCCAAGCUCACCGAGCCGGAUCGCAGCAAGGGCCCUCUCCUGGCCCCGGGGGCCGGUCACUUUGUCCAGAGGGACAAUCCGGAGUUUGUCUUUAAUGAACUGCGUGGUAUUCUAGAUAGGGUCCUUUGA